AGCAGAAGUAGUUGCAAGGUUGCAAAAACCUGCUUCGUACCCACACAUACUUCUCCUCUCUCUCUCUCUCUCUCUCUCUCUCUCUCUCUAAUUUUGGCAAAUGCGCGGAUGGGCGGUUCCCCCUGAUAUCUUCUGGCAUCGCAUGUGAUUUGGCACCGAUUAAACCAAUUAUCUUAACUAAAUCAACUCUGAUUCAACGACGCCACGAGCUCUCUUCAUUUUGAACUCGAUUAUUUCGGGGCACCUCCUUCUCUUCAAAUUCUUCAGCCGUAAGCUAUGGCUCUUGACGGUGUUGUAUCCUCACCACAUAAAAGGCCACAGAGUGGACAGAAUGUGUUUUCUUCACCAUCAUUUAGAAAACCGUACAAAAAAGGGGAUGAAUUUGAAAGCUGCUCAGCACUCUUCCAGCGGCAUCGCUUCCUCCUUACAGCUCUUGCCCUCCUGGCAUUCCUCUGCACUAUUUAUCUCUACUUUGCCAUCACUUUAGGGGCUAGCGAAUUAUGUUCUGGGUUGACGGGAGCUGCUAAAGCAAUGUGCCAUGUGGAGCAGGCAAAAUCAACCAUAGCUACAGGAAAACUAAAGUUCCAUUAAGUAAUAUGUGAACUUACUAGAAGGAAUCGGUUGUGAUUCUCCUCCCCGGGGGAUUGAAAGUAAAUUAGAGACAAGUUGUUUGUUAACCUGUUUUGGAGUUAAGCACAUUGUUUUCAAAGAUGUAUACAUAAGUUGCAGCAGAAAUUUGUUGUGAAAAGUGUAAACUUGGUAAGAAUCAAGAGAUAAUUUGGGUUGUCAAGAAUCCUUGAUACCCUUUAGUAGGGACCAUUUCGUGGUGCUGGAUUUUGCUUCUGGCUUUGGAAAGGGAUCUUUGUUAUCUUUGUAAA